AGCGCCUCGAUUCAUACCACAACAGUUAAUCUAUAAUGCAUGGAUUAGUUUUAAUGACUCCUGUACAGAGGUACGCGCGAGAACUUGCUGUUAACGCGCCAGCGAAUAAUUAACAGCUGUACAUUCCUUAACAUCUUUAGCUGAUGAAGCAGAGGAGCAGGCUAGCCAAUACUAAAACUCGUCCUUAUCACCCUGCUCUUACUCAAAGUCCUCCUUCCCAGCAUCAUCAACAUCAUCAUCCUCGCCAGUAUCGAAUCGAGCGCCGGCCACCCAUCCCGCCUUUCUCCAGGCAGCGCAUGCACAUCAGCGGCCAUCAUGAACGUGCAGGUGAUGCCCGAGCACAAGCUGGCGUCGGUGGCCCCGCUCAAACCGUACGCCGUGGAGAAGAAGGAUGUGGAGCUCAUCCUGGUCAAAGAGCGCAACGGCUUGCAGUACACGAGGUCCCGCACGCACACGUGCACUGAGACGCCAGAGCGCGAGACAUGGGGCAAGAAACUGGACUUCCUGCUCUCCGUCAUCGGCUUCGCUGUGGACCUGGCCAACGUGUGGAGGUUCCCUUAUCUGUGCUACAAAAACGGCGGAGGGGCCUUUCUGAUCCCGUACAUCACGUUCCUGUUCAUUGCGGGAAUGCCGCUGUUUUACAUGGAGCUGGCUUUGGGUCAGUAUAACAGAGAAGGGGCAGCCACUGUAUGGAAGAUCUGUCCUGUUUUCAAAGGUGUUGGUUAUACCGUGAUCAUCAUAGCUUUGUAUGUGGGCUUCUACUACAAUGUUAUUAUAGCAUGGUCUCUGUACUACCUGUUCUCCUCAUUCACGAGUGAGCUGCCUUGGCAGCACUGUAACAACACCUGGAACAGCCACUUGUGCAAAGACCCCAAGCUCAUCAAUGGCUCGUUUCUCUUGGGCAAUGGCUCCUACGCCAAGUACAAGCGAACGCCUGCUGCUGAGUUCUAUGAACGAGAGGUACUGCGCAUCCAUGAGAGUGAAGGCAUCAGUGACCUGGGAGAACCUCGCUGGGAGCUGAUACUUUGCCUCGUGGUGGUCAUCUUUAUUCUCUACUUCAGUCUCUGGAAGGGUGUAAAGUCAUCUGGAAAGGUGGUGUAUAUCACUGCCACCAUGCCCUACAUUGUACUUCUGGUGCUGCUCUUCCGAGGCAUCACACUACCUGGUGCUAUGAACGGAAUUCGUGCGUACCUCCACAUUGACCUCAAUAAGCUCAACAAUCCUCAAGUUUGGAUUGAAGCUGCCACUCAGAUUUUCUACUCUCUGGGGGCUGGUUUUGGUGUGCUUAUCGCCUUUGCCAGCUACAAUAAAUUUGACAACAACUGCUAUAGGGAUGCCAUCCUGACCAGCACCAUAAACUGCGUCACCAGUUUCUUCUCAGGGUUUGCCAUCUUCUCAGUGCUGGGUUACAUGGCUGAUAAGCAUGGCGUCAACAUUAAGGAAGUGGCCACAGAUGGACCUGGACUUGUAUUCAUUAUUUACCCGGAGGCCAUUUCCACUCUCCCUGGUUCCACUUUCUUUGCCAUAUUCUUCUUCAUCAUGCUUCUAACCCUAGGCAUUGACAGCUCUAUGGGUGGCAUGGAAGCAGUCAUCACUGGACUCACAGAUGACUUCAAGAUCCUAAGGAGAAACAGGAAAUUGUUCACCUUUAUCACUGCAUUUGGGACCUUCCUGGUUGCUUUACUGUGCAUAACGAAAGGAGGGAUCUAUGUCUUCACUUUAUUGGAUCACUAUGCUGCAGGGACGUCCAUUCUGUUUGGGGUUCUUGUGGAGGCCAUAGGAGUGUCCUGGUUCUAUGGGGUGGACAGAUUCAGUGAAGACAUUGAACGAAUGAUGGGCUUCAAGCCAGGAAUCUACUGGAGACUUUGCUGGAAGUUUGUCAGUCCUGUGUUUCUGCUGGUUGUGGUGAUUGCCAGCAUUGUCACUGCCAACAAUAUGGAAUAUGAAGGCUACAUCUUUCCUACCUGGGCUACUGUGGUGGGCUGGGGAAUCGCCCUUUCCUCUAUGAUCUUUGUACCACUCUAUGCCAUCUACAAGUUCCUCAGUUUACCAGGCACCUUCAAGCAGAGGAUAGCAUACUGUAUUACACCAGAGCAUGAACAUCACCUGGUGGCAGAGGGAAACGUCAGGCAGUUCAAGCUCAAACAUUGGCUUGCCAUCUGAUGUGACCACUGUUGCUGGAAUGCCAACGAAAAUCCCAGGCGGCUGAUGUGCCAUGUGUGGACCGGACCCUGAGAGAAAUGUACCUCCAGGGAAGUGGACAAAGCGAAGCGAUGACUUCUGUGUGUCUCAACCACGUACCCUAUUGUCUGCACAAUUCUGCUUCUGUCAUGUGGGUCUCUUUAAUUCAUUGGUGGAGAAAAAAAAUGUUUUUAUGUCUGUAUUUUGUCUUUUUUUAUUAUAAUGGUAUGUUUUUUUAAACAUUACACCUAGAAAACCUCAUUUUUUAAAAAAAUAUGACCAUUUUAAUUAAUUGUAUUAUAUAUUUUUCUUAUCUAAAUCAUCUCAACCUGCAGAACAUUUAGUUUCCAAAGAUAAAAAUACACCAAGUCACAUGUCGCUUAUUUUAUCUCAGUGUCUGUGUGGGUGGUGUGUGUGUAUGGGCAUGUGUGUAUGAGGGCAUGAACAGUAACUAACACAUAGUUCUUUCUGCUAUAAUAUUUUUUUUCCAUUUGUCCAAUCAUUUUGGGCAGGCACAUUUCCCAGCUUUAACAGCAUAAGGAUCCAAGGCAUUCUUCUGCGUCCCAUAGCAGCAGUAAAACCCUUUUCUGCCAUGGUGUAUCCUGGCACCAUUUUUGCUUUCUAGACACACACCACUGUGUCAGUGCCUUAUCAAGAAUUUACUGGUCACUUACUGAGAUUUUUUAAUCCAUUUAAAUAAGACCAAAAAUGGGUCUUUACUAUGACCACAAUCUUAAAAUUAGUAGGAACCUUUACAGACACCGAUGCCAAGGAUACUAAAAAAUUUUUAGGGAUUUACUAGAUAACAUAGAUUCCCUAAAAAACACCAGAAGAUUUCCAUAAUUAUAAGAAAAUUAAUAAAAUCAAUCCAGAGAUUUUUGCGUUUUAGGACAAAAUCUUGGAUAUAUAUCUUUAAAUUUGCACUAUGCCAAAAGACUCUGUCAUAUUCAAUAUUUCUCAUGUUUAAUAUUGCUAUAAAGUUCCUGGUAAAUAUUUUAUCAUCUACAAAUGUGAGAUGUACACCAAAUGGAGCCAAUUAGAUUCUAUACAGCUUAAAGUUUUCCUUUAUAUACAUCUUAGAUUUUUUUUUUAAAUAAAAAAUAAACCUUGGCAUGUUUUGUUAAAUGAAUCUAUCAGAGUUGUUAAAGCUUGUUAAUGACUGGGUGAUUUAAGAGUAGAGACCAUCAAAUAUAAGCAAUUAUCAAUUAUAAGCAAUUAUUUCUAAGACAGGCAAAAAAAGAGAGACUUAAACUGUUAUUUUUGGCACAGAUACGUUUUGCUGUUUAUUUCUAUUUUGCGCUUGAAAAGACUGAACACAUUGAAGAAGUAGUUUAGUGGUUAAGACGUUGGACUACUUAAGGUUGUCAAUCCGUGCACUGCUUAGUUGCAAAUGCUCGACCACCCUGGAGCAAGACCCUUAACCCUCAACUGCUUAGUUGUGUAAAUGAGAUAAAUGUAAGUAAA